AGAUGCAACUGCAUACCUUCGGUUGACGAAGAAAGAAGAUACAGGGCUCGAAAGCACAACAGCACCAAACUGCUCGUCACAGCAUUCUUUCACCUUCCUCAUGUCCCACACGUCUCCCCUAAGUACCUCCUCUGAAGUGGCGACUCCCCCGUCCUCCAACGAUGUCGAAGCCUUCCUCAUCGCCAUCUCGAACUGGCUGCAGCAGGCCGACGCACGUCUCACCUGCGCAGAGCAGUCGGCAAAGCUGAAUUACACCUUGGAGGUCCUCACCGCCGUUCACACGCACGCCCACGGCCCCCCAUCGCGACAGAUCGCGGACACCUCCAAGCUGUCUCCCUAUUCGCAUGCCGACACGACGGCCGCCGCUGUUCUCUCCAUGCAGCUUUCAGUGCUUUGCUCCGUGUGCAUACUGGCCGGCUUGUGGUACGUGAUCUUCACGUUGCUUUCGUGGACGAUACCUGGCUUACGGGUUCUCUCGAAAGCAGCACGUCUGCGAGGAGGACUGCAGCACUCGCAGGAGGCGAUAGGGCGUGAUGUGCUGCUGGGCCAGAUGACGGGCGCGUUGCGUCGACGCGCCAAUCAGCAUCAGUUUUAUGCCGCGUGUGUGUGCACGUGCAUGGCUGCUCUGCUGAUCGCAAUGCUGCUGACAGUGGACGUGUGGACAGGACUGGUGCUGUGCAAAAUGUGGGAGGCGGUAACUGCGCCGCUCCGGCAGACCUGGUCCUGGGCGUCUGAUUUUCCUUUUCUUUCGCCCCGACGAAUGACGCAUUGGGUUGCCGCUGCGGCACCGCGCUCGUUGGUGGCCUCUGACCUCCUCGCCGCCGCGCGUGUACCGCAGGUCAUCGCCUACGUGCCUCACUUGAUCAAGCAAAUCGCCCAGCAUCUGCAGGUGAUGUAUUUCUGGCACCUCGUCGGCGGUGUGGUGCUGGGACUGUCACUGUGGCUCUUGCAGUUCGCACACCAUUGCAUGCGCACCUACAGUGACAGCGUCCCCUUCGUCACGAGCCGGUCCACGGAGCCGCAGCUGCUGCGUCAGCUCGACGACGCCGAGGAGCGCCGACGCAGCCGCGAAGUCCGUCGAUUGCAGAUCGCCACAAUGCGACAAAAUCAGCUGCUCCUGGAACGCGUGCAGGAGGUGGAGCGCGGGACAGCGUUGCUGGUGGAGGCGCAGCACAGAGCAGCUUUGUCUGGGAGACUGCUGGAGGAGGCAAUCGCGACCGUGGGAGAGCCGAGCGCUGCAGACGCUGACGACACGAGGACGUCAAUGACCUUGGGCGACGAACAGCGUAGCGCUGAAGUAGCCGCGAUAGGGCAGGUUCUGGCAAGUGCUCACGAAGAAGCCCAGCGGAGUGCUGCGCCUCUGAUUGACACAAAACAUACAAACGCAGCUUUGCCCGUGAAAGGACUUCCUCGAGAGGAAAAGGACGGCUCUGAACACGACACCAGCGCGGCGGAGGCGGAGAGGUCGGACGACAACGCAGCCGCAGCGUGA